GGCAUCACGUCAUUUUUUGUCUAUUUAUUAAACUGUGAUAAACCAACGUAUCUACAUUUUCGUCCCCCACCAAGGAGGAUUAUAAUGCAUUAAAUGAACUAAGAGGAAGGUUGUGGUAUUGGGUACUAAUAUUUCAUUUCCUUUCCUGACCGCAAUCAACAUCGAAUAACAUACAAGAAUUUAUAGAAUAUCGCUUUCUAGACUUAUGGACACAUCACACAAAAUCCAACGUUCUUGCAGGUCACAACGGCAGCAAUUUGGCUGAGAAUUGAUUCCCGUCAUUGGUGAUUUAAAAAAAAAUUAUGGCACAGAUUAAAUUGCUCAUCUUUUUUGGUGUAAUGUUUGUGAUUGGUUACUCCGCAUCAGCUGAAAAAAAUAAUGCUGUCGUUUGGCCCCUGUCAUCUGCCACCAAAGGUCAUACCGACUUAGCAGAGCUUAACGCUCUAAUCCACAGAGAUCCUGUAAAGCGCCAGACAGUUUUGCUAGACGACGAAGACGAAGAAAGAGAUUAUCGAUGGCAGGAAUCCGUCUUCUCAUUCAUCAAGGGCGUCUUCCGCAGUGGUGCCAGGAGUAUGGGUGGCAAUGAACUAAACGAAAUCAAAUCAUUUUGUUACUUCAAUUUGUGGACCAGAACCAAUCCAAAAAUAGCACAAGCGUUACUCAUUGACGAUGAAGCUACUCUAUCCAAAUCGAGUUUUAACCGGUCUAAUCCUACAAAAGUAUUUGUUCACGGUUGGCGAAUGAACGGCCAUAGCGAUGUCUCAAUGCUCACCCUUCGAAAUGAAUUCCUCAUUAAAGAAAACUGCAAUUUUAUAGCGGUCGAUUGGGAAAGUUUUGCUGCCACUGACUACUUCUCAUCGGCGGCCAAGAUUCGACCAAUCGGCGUCUUUACGGGAGAUUUCUUAAAUUUUCUAAUCAAGCAAGGAUUAAAUGUUAGUCAGUUGCAUAUCAUUGGUUUCAGUUUGGGAGCUCACAUUGCUGGUAAAGCUGGUUUCCGCGUUAACGUACCAGUCCCUCGAAUUACAGGUUUGGACCCCGCUUAUCCCGGAUUUUCAAUUGAUAAUACGGACGGAAGACUAGACGUGACGGACGCUCAAUUCGUCGACAUUAUUCACACAAACAGUGAUUCUUUGUUAAACGGUGGCUUGAGCUUUACGACAUCAAUCGGACAUGUAGAUUUUUGGCCUAAUGGGGGCAUUGUUCAACCGGGUUGUAGUUUAAUAUCUUGUAGCCAUUACAGAGCGUUGAUUUAUUUUACUGAAUCGAUCAAUACCAAAAAGCCUUUUACGUCUACCAAAUGCUCAACUCACAUGGAUUGGUACAUUGGCUUAUGUGCAAACAACACGCAAACGACCAUGGGAUUUUCCGUAUCUACAUCAGCCAAAGGCGAUUAUUUUCUUUUAACCAACGUGAAAGCUCCUUUUGCACUUGGUUAGUAUAACCAAAUCAAUCGCAGUCUCGUUGACAACAGACAACCAAGCUUCCGUAGCUUUCAAUUUCCAUUACAUUUGUAAUUUCUCCUUGUGAGUCGAUUGGCACGCAAGCAGAAUGAUACAAUGAAAUGUUGAAAUAAAUUGUUUUAACCAUUA